UCACUUUGCCUCUAUUCCCUCAGCGCGAGUCACGUUGACGGGUCACGGCUCACCAGUCACGACUCGCAACACGAUCCUUGCGUCGUUGACGACGCGCGAUCCGGAGCCGGCUGCGAUAGUGUUACUUUACUCUAUAUUCUCUGUAGGAAAGAAGAAGAAGAAAAUUCUGAAAAAAAAAAACUUCCUGUCGGAAGUUUUCUUUUUUUUUAUCCGCUGUCUUUCGAACGCCUUGCUCUCGGCCGUGCGGGCGUCUGGCCGAGCGUCGGCUUUUGAGACGACUAAAUAGCAGGCCGUGUUGGCCGAGCGCCGGGCGCGGACCGGGAGAUGCGAGAUGGAGGGGAAGGGGGGGUGGGGGGGGCAGACUUGGCGGGCGAUGGCGCGGAGAUUGACAUGGCGGAACCAGACAGAGCGGCGCAGGGGAUGCGGGAGUUGCGGGAGGGGCAGGAGGGGCCGGAGGGGCCGGAGGUGCGAGGCGGAAUAGCGCAGCUGGGGCGGGAAAGACGGGAAGGGCGAGAAGGACGGGAGGAGCCGUUGGAGGCGGCGGCGGGGUUUGACGACGAGUGUCCGGCGAUGGACGAGCUGCGGGCGUCGUUCCGCUCCGCCGUCAACCGGAUCCUCGCGCAAUCGCACGGCAUCUACGACGUGGCGCUGCGGUCGUCGCCGUCGCAGUCGCACGCCGAGGCGCAGCGAGGGGAGGAACUGGGCGCGCUGCUGCACCAGAUCAUUGACAAGUGGGUGCAGUACUCACAGGAGGAGCUAGAGGACAUCAUGGACGAGGCCCAGCUCAACGCUGCAUUCGCCUGUGCAGCCCGCCUUCAACUUGAGCUCCAAGUCAACCGCCUGCCAACAACACUACAAAAGGAAGCAGCGGGCAUGGCGGCAGGUGUGGCAGCGGGUGGCGGUGGCGGUGGGCCGGAGAGGGUGGUGGCGUUGAUGCGCAUGGAGGGCAGGAGGCAGCAGGCACAGGCAGUCAAGGAGGCCAUUCGACUUAUGGAGCAGGCGAAGAAGCAGGUGUUGGAGUCCCAACAAGUUACAGGUGCCUUUCACGGCUCGCAAUCUGGACCCCCACACCAAUGAGCCCCCUGUGUCUGCCCAUUGCACUCACCUAACAUGCACUCCUAACCCCAGGGAUGGAGCUCCCAGUAGCGGAGCUCUAGCUUGAUCUACAGUGGCCGUGUGUCACUGUGUACAGUGGCCGCGUGCCUUCGUGUACCAGGACUCCUUCAGUGUGUAGGUGGGUAGGAUCCUCUCUUUAGAUCCACUAUCUGAAUUAGGAAUUCAUGAAUUCAGGCUUUACUUGCUGCUUCUUCUCGACACUAGAUAACACUGUCAGUAUCUGGCAGUAUGGACAGAUUAGUGCCAUAGAUACCUGUGUACUAUCUACGUGCCAAGAUAAUUCUGCA